AAACAAACGUCAAAUUCGAAAUGUCAGGCAGGCAGGUCGCUCAUUGCCUUCAGUUGCCUUUGUAUAUUUUAGAAACGAAUUUGUUGAAGUAAAUAUUGGCUCGUUCUAAUUUGUUCUUUUAGCAUAAUAUGUUGAUAUUUAAGUGUGGCUUGAUCAUUCUCACAGCGACAUAUAUCGUAUCUCUGUGUUUCCAAGUUUCGCAAGACACAAAUUCUUUGGAUACUGGCCUUGCUUUUUUGUUCAUAGCCAGCGGAGUUAUUGCUGGCAAAAUAUUAUAUGACAGAUACCAGCAAAUACAUAUACUCGGCUCACUAACACCGAAUCCAAAUGUUACUUCAUUUGCAAAUAGGAUAGCUUCCUUUUCAGCUUCAUUCCUCUCUCUGGGCUUCCUGGUAUACUUCUUCCUUUUCCUGUUUAAGGUGGAUAACCAUUGCCUCACGGCAUUGAAUAUCUUUAUAUGUGGAUUUGGCACUUUAUACAUAUGGAUGCAGUGCAUCCUCACGACUUAUAUCUCGACUCUGUUUUAUGACAAAAGAUUAACAGUGUUUCGGCAAUGCCUUGCCAAUUUGAGCUUCCUUGUUUUGGUGUUGAUGGCAAUAUUCGGCACUGUGACGUCAUUUUUGCCAUUAAAUGGUUCAAGCGCAAUCUACUUCUGUUUCGUAGUGACUUCCCUUUGUAGCAACAUAUUAGCGGCAAUAUUUUGCGUCUUUAUAUUGACUUUUGAAAAAGAAUAUGAAUAUUUUUCUGAGGGUUUACGAUCAGAGCUUCUGCUCGACGAUGGCAGUUCUUUAGACAAUGCAUCGUUGUCUGACAUGGAUAGCAUAUUUGGGGCCCAAGAAUCAACUUCGAGUACAAUCGUCAUAAAGGGUAACAUAACGUGCCCCAAGGUCUCCUGACCCGAGGCCGUGCCCGACGCGGGCACGGUACUCCAGCAAUCGACUGCCGGGACUCCCUUGUCGCCUUCCUACGGCAGCUUCGGUAACACUAAAAUAAGCGUCGUUAAUAUUAAGCAAAAUAAUAAUAACGAAGAACGAGAACACAUAGACCCUCUUGAGGACAAUGACAGCGGUAUGUCAUCCGAGGAAACUGAUGAUUCUCUCAAACUACACUUAAGCCCUAACAAUAAUGAUAACGUAAGUAAACAUUUAAGUUCAAUCGUAGAAGAUAAACAAGAAGUAAUAACGAAGUGCCUAACUAUAGAACCUCAUUGUGCUGAGCACGGGAAUGAGAUUCCGAGUUGUUCGACCGCUGUUAAUCAUGUAAGUGUUUUUAUUGGAAACAAUGAGGCCAGGUCUCACCAGGCGGAGCCUAAAGAUCUGAAUGUUGAUAAAAAAGUUUCAGAUUAUAUUGUGAUAGAUCUGACAUGUGAUGUCGACAACGUUCGUGCGUUGUCUAAAGGUAAAAAAAAGGUUGUCGGUACAAAAAAACGUAACGUUGAUUGUGAUUAUUCAAGUAUACCUAGUGUAGAAUCGAGCCAAAGUUUAGUUCCUGUUGCGAACAACGAACUUGUGAAUACCGAGAAUCAGAAGUUGCUCAGCCUGUCUCUGUCAAUACUUCUCGCUGCCUUGUUGCAAGCGAUGCGCUGUUUCGCCCAGUUCUUAGAAGAUAUUGUGGUUCCUCAACGGUAAUAAAUAAUUAUAUUGUGUUCCUUUGUAUUUUUGGUGCAGUAUUCAUUAUUAUGUGUAAGAUUACGAAAUACCAAUGACAUUAUAUUUAAUUACAUUGUAA